GAACGGCACGGGGCGAAGUCGGUCAAAGAGAUUAAAACAUUCAUCACACAACUUCCGGGUUUGCAAGCCGAGCACCAGUCAUUGAGGAUACACACGAAUAUAGCAGAACAUAUUAUGGGCAAAACAAACGACCAAAAGUUCCUGAGUUGCCUGGAACAAGAGCAAAUGCUUUGGCGUGCUCAGGUGUUGCGGUUGAUGUGUUUGCAGUCGUUGAUCAACGGCGGCUUGAAGUCCAAAGUGUUAGAGCACUACCGGAAAGAAAUCAUACAGACAUAUGGCUUUGAACAUUUAGAAACGAUAUACAAUCUGGAGAAAGUGGGGCUGCUGUCCUCCACUACCGACGGUUUUAAAUACGCGAAUGUACAAAAUCUGCUGCGGUUAGUAGUCGAUGAGGUGGACGAGCUCAAUCCGGAAGAUAUUGCGUACGUAUACAGUGGAUAUGCACCGUUGUCCGUGCGGCUGAUAGAAACAUUGUCCUCGCCACCACCUAUGCCCAGGAACAUUGAAGUCGCUAUGAGGGACCUCCCUGGGCCCCACUUCGAACACGAUAACACCACAAGAAUCAUACCAGGACAAUACAGAGCACCGACGAUAAGGGUUGGCGGACAACCAGGAAAUGAAGGCGCGAAGAAGAAAGUGAUUCUCGUUUACUUCUUGGGAGGCGUGACUUACGCGGAGGUUGCGGCAAUCCGGUUUCUCGCCAAGAAAUCUGAAGGACAGAAAGAGUAUAUCAUCGCGACCACCAAUAUGAUGAAGGCCGAGAGCUUCCUGUCGCCUCUCUUCAAUCCCUUGCCAAUCCCGCCAAAGGGAUCUCGGUAGCCCACAAUACCUCCAGUAGCGUGCGUAUACCAAAGAUAGAAUCUGGACCAGCAAUGUUAAUAAAUAGUGGACUGGUUUCCGCUAAUGUGCGUCCCUGUAUUGAUAAGAGAGAGGGAUGAGAAAUUUCCAACUCAAGAUAUAUGCUUCCGUUGUCGUGGAGAAACAUACUGUGAUAUAUAAACAGAUGAAAG